UGCUCCAUCAUCUCCAACAGUGGCCUAGAGUAUCGAGGAAUAGAUUCAAUGCUCAAUACUGAUUCUAAUACAACGAUGAUAAUAAACAAUUUUUGUUGACUUAGUUCUCACCUCAGAUCUGGCAACCCUGAGUGAGGUGAGUGAGUGUUAGCGCGAGACCGGCAGGGGGUGGUAGCGCGCACGAGGAGGAGCGCACGCGGGGAGUGGGCCGGUGAGUGAGCGCGUGGUCAGUGAGCGCGUGGUCAGUGUGUACGGAGCGGCAUGGACGGACAGCCGGAGGAGCCGCGCGCGCAACGGGACAAAGAGCCGUGUCCCCCCGCACACGAGUGACCGCAGCCCCGCACACUCCGGGACGAAGACUCGGGCAAAGGCUGGGGACAAAACUGCACAUUGAAGAAUAUUUUGGUCCUUUUUGAACCUUUAUAAAUCUUGAUUUUUGCGUUGCGAUGGGAAAAGAAUUCCUCUAAGAUGUUCACUCACCACAGAGACCGGGAGCAGCCGAUCUUCAGCACACGGGCCCAUGUGUUCCAGAUCGACCCAACCACCAAGAGGAACUGGAUCCCGGCUAGUAAACACGCCGUCACCGUCUCCUUCUUCUACGACGCCAACCGCAAUGUUUACCGCAUCAUCAGUGUGGGCGGGACCAAGGCCAUUAUCAACUGCAGUGUGACCCCGAGCAUGACCUUCACAAAGACGUCUCAGAAGUUUGGUCAGUGGGCGGACACCAGAGCCAACACCGUGUACGGACUCGGCUUCGCCACCGAACAGCAGCUGCAUCAGUUCUCAGAGAAGUUCCGGGAGGUGAAAGAUGCUGCCCGUUUGGCCAGAGAGAAGUCCCAGGACAAAGAGCUGGCCAACACUGCGCUCACCAUCGCCGCCCCUCAGGACCUCUCGGACUCGCUGCAGUCUCCUCCUGUGGUGAAUGUGAACGGCCCAGAGGACAAACUGUUCCGGAGCCAGAGCGCAGACAUCACUCUGGCCGCAGAGAAGGAACGCAUAAAGAAGAUGCUCUCUGAAGGGUCUAUCUGUGAGAUGAACCUGGAGGCGGAGCUCUUCUCUCUGCAGGACAGUAACUCGAAGCUGGUAGCAGCGCUACAUGAAGCUAACACUAAUGUGGAGCAGUGGAAGAAACAGCUGGCAGCCUAUCAGGAGGAGACCGAGAGGCUGCGUGACCAGGAGAUGGAGAUGCGUAAUGCGGAGCUGGAGCGUCGUGUUCAGAACUCUGAGCAGAGCCUGAGUAAUUCCCUGGACGAGCGCGACCGCAUGGACACUGAGCUGCAGAGAGCCAUCGAGAUCCUGGACAUCAAGAUCUUUGACCUGAAUGACCUGCGCCAGAGCCUCUACAAACUCAUCAGUAAAUAGGAGUAGUGCGGACUAGGAUUUUCUAAAGUAUCGAAAAUCAGAUACUAAUCAACUUUAAAACUAGUAUCGAAACUAGAUACUUAUGUGAGCAGGUAUCGAUACUAAAAAAGUCCCAUUCACAGGACACAAAUGAACAUUUCCUGAAUAGCUUUAGAAUGAUCUGGAGCUGCAUCAGAACAAGUAUAAGAGCACAUAGACUAGUAUACACACAUGGACACUAUGAACCUACCUAGAUGACUAGGCCACAUGGUAAUAUAAAAGAAAGAUCUAUUAUUUAAUGUUCAAAAUCAUAUUCUAUUGUCUAAAGAGGUUUUAAUUAUCAUAGUGGUAUCGGAAUCAGUAUUGAGUAUUGAGUCUAUUUCUUAGUAUUGAAAUCGACUUGAGUUUAACAAUACCACCACUACUACUACUACACUAAUAUACAUGCAGAGUACUACAGGAGGUCAAAGGCCAGAGGGACUGAGCUGGUCACUGUUUCCUCCCUCACCUCUCACUCAAGGCUAAAGGAAAGUUGGAGUAUUUUAAAUAACUGUUGUGCAUUAAAUCUUAUGUCGCUUUAUCAA